AUGCUGCGGGGCCGAGGCCGGAGGCGGCGGGCCGGGGCCGGGCGGCCCAGCGAGGCGGCGCUGGGCGGGCGGGCGCGGGCGCGGGCGCGGCCCCGGAGCUGCCGGGCGGCGACGGCGGCUCUGAGGGACCGCGGGCAACGGCGGGGAGCGCGCGCCGGCGCCGCGACGGGCCCGCGCAGAGCGCACUGGGCGCGGCCCGCCGCCCGCCCCGCCCCGCCCCUUCCCGCGGACGCCGAGGCGCGGGCCGCACGGAGCCGGCGGGGGUCGCGCGGGCGGAGGGUCCCGGCGGGGCUCCCGGCAGCCGGUGGUCUGCGCCGGGCCGCAUCCUCCCGGCAGCUGGGGGCGUCCGGGCCGGGGCACCCCCAGCCGCCGCCGCCCGGCGGGGCCGAGCCCGGAAGACCCCCGCGGUCCUGGAGAGCCGGGGCCGCCCCUGGGGGCCGCGCGGGCCCCGCACCUGCGCGCAGGCCGGCCGCGACCUCGGAAGGCGACGGCCCCGGGCGGGCGGGAGCGCUUGGAGCCCGGUAUCCCCGACCCGGGAGCAGCCCCGAGACCCCCACCCCCGCGCAGCGCUUAGAACCUGGGCGCCCCUUCCUGAGCAGCGCCUGGAACCCGCGGACACCCCUCCUUGCCCAAGAGCAGCUCUCCGAGGCCGGGUACUCUACCCCGAGAGCAGCCCGACACCCUCACACCCCGGAGAGCCACCUGUAG